AUGACCCCUCUUAGUACAACGUGGUUCGAUGAAUGUUUUGACUUGGGCAGAGAAUUAUUACACAGUAACAACUUGGCUAGGGCCAACGCGAUGGAUUGUAUCGAGAGAGAAAGAGAAAAAGACCUUUCUCGUUGUUUGAUACGAGGGCAGCCCGCAAGAUAUGUCCUUUCUUUUUCAACUAUCAAAACCUUGAUAUCUUCAUUCCCAUCGUUUGCAUCAAGAAGAGCAUACUCUCUUUCGAAGAUCGCUGAAAGGUAA